AUGGCUACAGUAAAGGUUUACAGUAAAGGUGGUGGUAGAAAGUUCGCUAGCACAUUACCAGCAGGCCCGCAGGCCGCACAAAACAAUGUCUCAUGGUACCGCGAGACCGCAGGCGGCGUCCUCCGAGAGAUCCGUGACGGAGAGGGCGGGGGCCGCUACAGCCGCACACACGACGCCAUCGGCAUCCGUCGCGCGGAGAUAGCUGAUGGCGGGCGCUGGGCCUGCCGCGCUGCCAACGCGCACGGUCACCUCACAGUCCGCCUGCAUCUCGCUGUGCGCGCGCAUCUCACGACCCAUGCACAGCCGCACACACAGGUUGUUAAUAGUGGUGGAACAGCCAUCAUCAACUGCACUUGGGGCGGCUGGCCCGCGCCGCGGCUGGAGUGGCUCCACAACGGGGUGCCGCUGGGAGCCGGCGUGGCGGGCGGCAGGGUGCGCGUGCAGAACAACGGAGAACAACUCAUCAUCUCCGCGGUGCAUAGAGCUGACAAGGGAGUGUACCAGUGCAUGGCUAGGAAUGAGAGAGAUUCCGCACAAGCCAGCGCUGAGGUGCGGCUUGGAGAUACAGCACCAGAACUCCAGUACACAUUCAUAGAACAAGUCCUGAGACCUGGUCAAGUAGUCACUCUCAAAUGUUCCGCCGCCGGCUCACCCCCUCCACAUUUCACAUGGAUGCUUGAUGGACAGCCUCUGAACACAAUGGCUAGAGGGCACAGAUACAGCGUGGAGCAGUUCGCGACUAAGACGAACGAUGUGGUGAGCUACCUGAACAUCUCAGCGGUCCGUUCGGAGGACGGCGGACUGUACACGUGCCGCGCCGCCAACUCCCUCGGCGAGGUGUCGCACACCUCCAGACUUAAUAUUUAUGGUCCACCUUACGUGAGGUCCAUAGGCCCAAUCAGAGCAGUAGCAGGGCGGGAGUUAGUCCUCUACUGUCCGUACUCUGGCUAUCCAAUCAGCUCAGUAAAAUGGGAAAGAGACGGCAACCCAGUAGAAUGGGAGAGCAGUAUCGAUGGUGCACUAAGAGUGUCACGAGUAGAGCCUUCAUAUGCGGGAGCUUACACUUGCGCAGUCAUGGGCCCGCAUGGGGAGAUAGCCAGAAGAGAACUACAGCUGGUCGUUAGCAAUCCUCCGGAAAUCGAGCCUUUUUCGUUUUCUGCAAACUUGCAAGAAGGAAAGCGCGCCCAAGUCAGCUGUAGUGUGACGUCAGGAGACAUGCCCGUGCACUUCACCUGGCUCAAGGACAACGCGGCCAUACCGUCCAGUUUGCAGGUGGAAGAACGCGGUGCUGAUUUUUUCAGCAACCUCGUAUUCAAAGAGGUAUCGGCCCGCCACAGCGGGUUGUACACUUGCGUGGCCUCCAAUACCGCGGCCAAGGUUAACUAUACCGCCGAACUGGUGGUGAAAGUGUCCCCCAAGUGGGUGGUGGAGCCCAAGGAUGAGUCAGUGCUGGCGGGGGAGCCGCUGGCGCUGCACUGCCAGACCACUGGCUCUCCGGCUCCGCAGGUUAUCUGGCUCAAGCAAAGAGGAUCGUCAGCUGACUACGUACCAUUAGUGAACCUGGGUGGACGAUUUCAAUUCCUAUCAAACGGGUCUCUCUGGAUCGAGUCGGCGCUGCCCUACGAUGAGGGGCACUACAUGUGCAAAUCGGAGAAUGGAGUUGGAUCUCCACUCACUAAAACCAUUUUUGUUGCUGUCAAUGAACCUGCGCGGUUCGAGCUGACCUCCCACAACAUGACGGCUCGCCGCGACGCGCCGGCCACGCUGGUCUGCGACGUGCGCGGGGACAGCCCCAUCAGAGUCACCUGGGCGCACAACAUGAACCACUUAGAUCUUAAUACUUAUAGGUUAAGCAUCUCAGAAGCAAAGACUGAUAGUGGUUUAAGAUCGCAGCUGUACAUCAGCAGGGCAGACCGGCAAGACUCCGGCGUGUACAAGUGCCAAGCCGUCAACGCUUACGGUCACAGUGACCAUUAUAUUUAUCUUUCCGUCCAAGAAAAACCCGACACCCCUCACUCUCUAUCCGUAACGGAGAUCCUGAGCCGCGCCGUCCGCCUGUCCUGGAGUCAGGGCUUCGACGGCAACUCACCGCUGGUGGGCUACACGCUGCAGUACUGCGCGCUGUCGGCGCAGGGAGCCAUCCGCGUCAACCAGUGGGACUCUGCUGUCACACUCAAUGUGUCCGUCCAUGGGAUUGCGCACUCGCAUGUCACCUUAACAAAGAAAGGCGACAUUCACUAUGAGGCUCUGCUAAGCAGUCUAAAGCCACACACAGCCUACAUGAUCCGAAUAGCCGCCAUCAACCAGAUUGAUAGGAGUGCAUUCACUGAACCAGUGGUUGUGAAGACUCAGGAGGAAGCUCCAUCAGAAGCGCCGACCAACGUACACGUAACGCCGGGCGGGCCUGGCGAGCUGCACGUAUCCUGGCGGCCGCCGCCGCGGGACGCCUGGCACGGCGAGCUGCUGGGCUACUCCGUCACGUGCACCGAGCUCAGCCCCGCUAACCCCGCUUUGAGGAACUCUACCAGAACGUUAACAGUGAAUGGAUGGUCAGCAACAGAGUUGAGCCUAUCAGCUUUGCGAAAAUUUACACGAUAUGAGGUGCGAGUUAGAGCAUUUAACGGGGUUGCAGCCGGACCUGCAUCUACGCCAGUAUCUGCCACUACACUUGAAGGAGUGCCGGAAUCGCCACCAACCAGAGUGUCUUGCUCAGCCCUCUCGUCUUCGGGCAUGAAAGUCUCAUGGAAUCCACCACCAAUCGGUCAACACGGUGGCCUCAUACAAGGAUACAAAGUUGUAUACUCGCCACUUACAACAGAUCAAGUAGAUGUGGGUGAAAUCAAACGAGUGACGACAACAGACACAUAUUUACACACUCUUCGAAAAUACACCAAUUAUUCGAUACAAGUUCUGGCUUUUACUAAUGCCGGAGAUGGCAAGAGAAGUCUGCCUGUCUUUUGCAUGACUGAAGAAGAUGUUCCUUCAGCUCCGGAGAAGAUCAAAGCGCUGGCGUAUUCUAGCGACUCAGUGCUUGUAAGCUGGCUUCCACCACUUCACCCGAAUGGGAUCAUUUCACACUAUACAGUCUACUAUCGAGAAGCAGGACGCCUUGGCAAACACUCCAGCUUCACAGUCCCAGCAGAUAAAAAAACUGAUAUGGAGCUGAUGUUUCAAGUGCGAAAUCUCAUAGAGAACCAACUGUACGAGUUCUGGGUGUCAGCCACCACGGGAUCAGGAGAAGGAGAGUCUACUCUCGUGGUGGGCCAAGGACCGAGUUCUAGAAUCCCCGCCCGCAUCGCCUCGUUCGGUCGCUGGGUGUCAGUGGGCGCGGGCCGCGCGGCACUACUGGCCUGCACGUGUGUGGGCGCGCCGGCGCCGCGCUCGCGCUGGCAGCACGCGCGCGUGCCCGUCACUCACCACCAGUACUACCAGGUCACACACCGGGGACAUUUACAUAUCCGGGAAGUAAACGAGCAGUCAUCGGGUAACUUCACGUGUACGGCUAGCAACACAAUAGGAGAAGACACCAUAGUCUAUGUAGUAGCGGCUAUCAUGCCUCCCGCAGCACCUGCACUGUCGCUACAGUACACCACCACGUCAAGCAUCAAGUUGCACUGGCAACUGCCCGGGGAAACUUCAGAACCUAUACUAGGGUACCUGCUCCACUACAAACAAGCAUCUGAAAGCGAGUGGCACACUGUGGACUUGUCUCCCGAAGUUAAUUCUUACACUAUGGACAUGCUAAAAUGCGGGUCUACGUAUAACGCUAAAAUACAAGCACGGAACAAGAUAUCUAUAGGACCUCCUAGCGAUGUUCUAACUGCUACCACAAGAGGGGGACGUCCUAAACCACCGAAACCGGAAGACCACGUUCACAUGAAUUCAACGGCAAUAAAGAUCAACUUCUAUGCGUGGCGGGACGGUGGCUGUCCCAUACUUGGCUUCAGAGUAUCCUACCGGCGAGCUGGCUCAGAACAUUGGAUUAAGGUAUUUCAGGUCGGAGAUGGGUUGAGCUCCGCAAGUCAUGUCGUAGGAGAACUAUCGCCGGCAACGUGGUACGAGCUAGCGAUAGAAGCUUUUAGUGAUGCGGGACUUGAGCGGGUCACGUUGACGGCUGAUACACACACCCUGGCUGGAGGGCGCAUUCCUCCAAUGAAGCCAUCUUCCCCUCUAUCGGGCGGCUCCCGGCCCGCGUCACUGCGCACCGUGCUGGUGUCGUGUGUAGCCAGCGGUGUCGUCAUAGUCGUCACACUGGCUGCAAUAGUGUGCUUGGUGCAUGGGAAAAAGAAAUUUUUCUGCAUUUCAAGCGACCACUACAUGCGGGACGACAGAAAACUCAGCGAAAGCAAUGAAGCAGAGAGAGAGAAGCUUAGAGAAGGACAAAAACUGUACUCGUCGUCAUCAAUAAACGGCAACGAAAAGUCCAAUGAUGACUCAUCGGGUAAGAGCAAAUCAUAUACAGACGCAAAGAAGUGCAUCUAUCCGGAGCUGUACGAGAUAAGUCCGUACGCGACGUUCGGCGUGUCGGCGGCGCACUCGCUGCAGUUCCGCACGCUGGCGCGCCGCGAGGACGACGCCGCGCCGCCGCACCGCCGCCGGCAUCGCGCCUGCGACCACUACCGAUACGAUGAAUCGAGCCUAUCUAAAUGCUCGACAGUGGAGGCGCGGCACCGGAUGCGCGCGGCGUGUGCGGGCGCCAGCUCCAACAACUGGAGGGACACGCACACCGACUCCGAUGACAACAGUGAUAGUGCGGCUAACACUACCACUAAAGCGCACAUUUCUCUGUCUCUGUGUAAGUUAACAUGCAUGUCAUUGUGUAGCCUCAAUUGUCAAUCUAAAUACGUAAAUAAAUAUUUUAGACCUGAUCGAAUUAAAUCAAUUCUUUUACUUUCCAGGUAUCAACAAAGAAAAGAACAAGAACGAAGGGAAUGUACAAUACACGUGUAACAUUAAAUGUUUCUAAACUAUUUUCUAAUCAAACAAGUCCAAUCACAAAUUGUGAAAAUUUGACAUUUUACUAUCUAGGUAAUUAUGAGGACGUUUUUCUAUAACUCUGCAAAAUUAAAACAAGUCAAGUUUAAUAUUAAGACAAAAAGUGAACGGGCCGUUUGCGGUCAAUUAAUUGUAAAAAGGGCUUAAUUCAUACAUGUGAUUAUGUCACACAAGUGUGACUCCCCAUUUACUUAAUGUUAAAAUUGUUACAUAAAUUAUUUAUUAUAAUGUGAUUUAUUUAAACGCUGUUAAUCUAUGACAGUUUAGAUUAUUUAUAAAUGGCAUCUAAUGAAUUGUAAAUAUUAGCAGAUGUUAAUCUUAAUGAAUUACUUGUUUGCUGUGAGAUUGAUAACUUUAUAAACAAAAUCUUUGCUGUCCAAAAUAGUAACAAAGCUAAGUUUUCAAUAGUUUAAUCAAUGUGCUUGAAAUGAUCUCACAGCAAACCAAAACGUAAAAGUAUUAUAUGUGCAUCUGGAUAUUAUUUUUUCUAAAUUCCUCAAUCAGUGAUGUUUGCGCAUGGCGUAUAAAAUCAGAUGUACAUAAAAUAUUUUCAAAUAAUAAAGUAAAUUCUUAAAUUACUAAAUUACGUAGCUACUAAGUAAUGUUAACGGCUGUUCCAAACUGCAAAAGAUACAUAUCAUUAUAAUAGACUGCCAGUAUUUAAGUAAUUCGUAAUUCUUUUUACUAUAUUGUUGAAUAAUAUAGUUAAUUAGGUUUUAAUUAUACACUAUUGUAUAAAAAUCUUUCUAUAUACAUGUUGUGUAAUAAUAAAUUAUUGAUAUUAGUGCGGAGGAAAGAAAUAAAGAUGUGUGUUGUGGUA